AAAAGUAGUAAGGUAAGAAAUUUCAAAGUUGAAAAGUCAACUUUGUCAAACUAUCGUAUAACCUUUUGAACUUGGUGGGUGUUGUCUGUAUAUAAACACUGACAAACUGUGCAGUUCCUUUUGAUUGUUCAUAUUCUGUGAUAAUUGACUCAUGGAGGUUGCCUCAGAAUCCCAACAGCAAAUCAGAGCUGUGGAUGAUGCAAACGCCUUCAUAACUAACAAACUUCAUCUUCCUAAACUCAUACAUUACAAAUGGUGGCUCCGCAUUUCUUGCUAUAUCCUGUUUCUUCUCUCAGGACAAUCUGUAGCUACCCUUCUGGGAAGAUUGUAUUAUGACAAAGGUGGAAACAAUAAAUGGAUGGCUACCUUUGUUCAAUCUGCAGGCUUCCCAAUUCUAAUUCCCCUCCUCUUUUUCUGCACUCCUUCACCAAAAUCGACCACCACACAAUUGAAAGGUCCGAAUCUCACCGUCAUGGCCUUGCUUUAUUUUGGUUUUGGGAUACUAUUGACAGGUGAUAACUUGAUGUAUUCAUACGGACUCAUGUACCUUCCUGUCUCUACUUACUCUCUACUCUGUGCAACCCAAUUAGCCUUCAAUGCCUUAUUCUCUUACUUCCUCAAUUCAAAGAAGUUCACUCCAUUUAUACUCAAUUCUCUAGUCCUUCUCACCAUUUCAGCCUCCCUUUUGGCAGUCAACUCGGAUUCUGAAAGCACUGCAGGAAUUUCUAAGGGGAAGUAUGCGAUUGGUGUCGUGUGCACGCUUGGUGCAUCUGCUACUUUCUCCUUGUAUCUUUCACUACUUCAACUAUCAUUUGAAAAGAUAAUCAAGAGAGAGACUUUUUCAGUUGUCCUGAAUAUGCAAAUAUACCCGUCAUUCGUUGCGACUUGUGGCUGCAUUGUGGGGUUGUUUGCAAGUGGGGAUUGGAGAGAAUUGGAGAUGGAGAUGAGAGAAUAUGAACAAGGAAGGGUGUCCUAUCUUAUGAAUCUUAUUUGGACUGCAAUUAGUUGGCAAAUUUCCUCAGUGGGUAUGUUGGGUUUGAUUUUUGAGGUGUCUUCUUUAUUCUCCAAUUUCAUUAGCACAUUGGGUUUGCCUGUUGUCCCUGUUUUGGCUGUAAUCUUCUUCCAUGAUAAGAUGAACGGAGUGAAGGUGAUGGCUCUGCUAUUGGCAAUCUGGGCAUUCAUUUCUUAUAUCUAUCAGCAUUAUCUGGAUGACUUGGAAUCCAACGCCAAGAAGAGCACUGAUGCUACUCAAGUGGCUGGUGGUGAUAUACAGAUCUGCUGAUAUAGGUUGACAGAUCGUAAAUCAUGGAACUGAGAUCUUCUGCCUAGAAAAUUCGCAGAAACAAGUUUGUUUUUCUUUGUUGUUGUUGAUUUCUACGGCUUCCAACUAUAGCCCAAAAGUAUGGGAUAAAGACUUUGGUGAUAAUGAUCACAUUAGUGGGCAUUCAAGAUUAAGAACCACGAGUAGCUCAGACGGCAUUCAUGUAUGUGGUAUCUCAUAAAUGUCUCGAGUUCAAGACUUCCCCUUCCCCUGUAUUAAAAAAGAGAUGGGAGGGAUGCAUGAUCAUCUCUUAUCUACAGUGGAAAUUGUGAGGACAUAGUCCUGCUAAACUAUUGUGUACAUCUUUUUCGAUGAGACCUUAUUUUGUAUAUCUGAUGACGAUUUUCUAAAUUAUUUCUUAAAACU